UUAGGAUUUGACUCUCCGUUGUUCCAGGUGGAGGAAGCGCUUACCUACGAGAAGCUCAGAGCCUGGACGGACCCAGAAAACAUGACUGAGAUUAAAGUUCAAGUUUUCCUCCCUCGGCUGAAGCUGGAGGAGAGCUACGAGUUGGAGUCCUUCCUUCGAGGUUUAGGAAUGAUCGAUGCUUUUGAGGAGGCCAAGGCAGACUUUUCCGGAAUGUCAACGAAGAAGAACGUGCCCGUGUCCAAGGUGGCGCACAAGUGCUUCGUGGAGGUCACGGAGGAGGGCACGGAGGCGGCCGCGGCCACGGCCGUGGUCAGGAAUUCCCGCUGCAGCAGGAUGGAGCCCAGGUUCUGCGCAGACCACCCCUUCCUUUUCUUCAUCAGGCACCACAGGACCAACAGCCUCUUGUUCUGCGGCAGGUUCUCUUCUCCAUAAGGGGGGCCGUUGCCUAGGGGCUCUCCUUGA